AUGAACGGUCUUUUAAUUGCUAUCUUCUGUAUUACAGUUGUUCUACCAAUAUCAAUCAAUGGACUUCAAUGCUAUAGCUGUACUCUCUGUAAUACACCAUUCAUGGCAAGUAAUACAAGUAUUUCCAUGAUGAACACUACCACUGGUUCUUGCUUUAAAGCAACGACCGCGGCAACCGUGUCGAGAGGAUAUAUAAGUGCUUGUGUUGCAGUAAAUGCUGGAGGAUAUGGCACCUACUGUUGCAAUACUGAUCUUUGCAACUCAGCACGAUCAAUGAUGCCAAUGAAUUUGAACAUGUUCAUUGCUGCAUUUUUGGUUGUUAUUGGAACCAUGAAGAUGCUUCGAUCAUACUAA